CAGGAGGGUGUUCAGGGGAAAGCGACUGACUGAGCGGCCGUUGUUUUGUUGUCGUUCCCGUGGAGAGCGGUGUUUGAACGGUGAGCAGGAAUAUAAACACACCGCGAGGAAGAAAACAAAGAAAUAAACAAACAAACCAACCACUGAGCGGAAAUCAGUCCGAGGUGUGGAGAAGGAGAAAGCAGCCGAAGGGGAGCUAUUGUGUUGGGGGUCCGUGGAGGGCUCCGGGAGAAGAGCUGCUAGGACGCCGAAGGAAGGAGCCUGAGAGUCGGCCGCGCUUCCAGGCUCGCCGCCGUGGCGGUUUAACCGGUUCACAGGGAUAGCGUUCAAGCCGCGGGGAGCCUGAGUGGAUGGGAUGGAGCCGGGACCAUCUGGAGCUGUGCCCAUGGGGCCGUACCCCCCGCCCCUGCAGCAGGUCUUCCAGGCUCCCCGGAGGCCGGGCAUGGGCACCGUUGGGAAGCCCAUCAAGCUGCUGGCCAACUACUUUGAAGUGGAGAUCCCCAAGAUGGACGUCUACCACUACGAGGUGGACAUCAAACCCGAUAAGUGUCCUCGUCGAGUCAACAGGGAAGUCGUGGAGUACAUGGUACAGCAUUUCAAGCCACAGCUUUUUGGAGACCGCAAGCCAGUAUAUGACGGCAAGAAGAACAUCUACACGGUCCUGGCUCUUCCUAUAGGGAGCGAGAAGGUGGACUUCGAGGUGACCAUUCCAGGUGAGGGGAAGGACCGGAUCUUUAAGGUGUCCAUCCGCUGGCUGGCAAAGGUGUCAUGGCGGCUGCUGCAGGAAACGUUGGUGAGCGGGCGGCUACAGGUCCCACUGGAUUCGGUCCAGGCUCUGGAUGUGGCCAUGAGACACCUGGCAUCCAUGAGGUACACUCCAGUAGGCCGCUCCUUCUUCUCUCCUCCUGAAGGGUACUACCAUCCCCUCGGGGGAGGAAGAGAGGUUUGGUUCGGCUUCCAUCAGUCCGUACGGCCGGCUAUGUGGAAGAUGAUGCUCAAUAUUGACGUGUCAGCUACCGCUUUCUACAAAGCCCAGCCCGUCAUCGAGUUCAUGUGCGAGGUCCUGGACAUCCGCAAUAUCGACGAGCAGCCCAAGACCUUAACCGAUUCCCAAAGGGUUCGCUUCACCAAGGAAAUCAAAGGCCUGAAGGUGGAGGUGACGCACUGCGGUCAGAUGAAGAGGAAGUAUCGAGUGUGUAACGUUACACGCCGUCCUGCCAGCCACCAGACGUUCCCGCUGCAGCUGGAGAGCGGGCAGACGGUUGAGUGUACGGUGGCACAGUAUUUUAAACAGAAGUACAACCUGCAGCUGAAGUACCCUCACCUGCCCUGUCUGCAGGUGGGCCAGGAGCAGAAACACACCUACCUGCCCCUGGAGGUGUGUAACAUCGUCGCAGGCCAACGAUGCAUCAAGAAACUGACCGAUAAUCAGACGUCCACCAUGAUCAAAGCCACCGCGCGCUCAGCACCAGACCGACAGGAGGAGAUCAGCAGACUGAUGAAGAACGCCAAUUUUAAUCUGGACCCCUACAUCCAAGAGUUUGGGAUCAAGGUGCGGGACGACAUGGCAGAGGUGACGGGCCGAGUCCUCCCAGCUCCCAUCCUGCAGUACGGAGGCAGGAACCGAGCUAUUGCGACACCCAACCAGGGAGUGUGGGACAUGAGAGGGAAACAGUUCUACAACGGCAUCGAGAUCAAAGUGUGGGCCAUCGCGUGCUUCGCCCCGCAGAAACAGUGUCGCGAGGAGGUGCUUAAGAACUUCACAGAUCAGCUGCGUAAGAUCUCGAAGGACGCCGGGAUGCCCAUCCAGGGUCAGCCGUGUUUCUGUAAGUACGCACAGGGAGCUGACAGCGUGGAGCCCAUGUUCAGACACCUUAAGAACACCUACUCCGGCCUGCAGCUCAUCAUCGUCAUCCUGCCUGGGAAAACACCUGUCUAUGCGGAGGUGAAGCGUGUCGGAGACACUCUCCUAGGAAUGGCCACUCAGUGCGUGCAGGUGAAGAACGUAGUGAAGACGUCACCACAGACGCUCUCCAACCUCUGCCUCAAGAUCAACGUCAAACUCGGCGGCAUCAACAACAUCCUGGUACCACAUCAACGGUCCGCAGUGUUCCAGCAGCCUGUCAUCUUCCUGGGUGCAGACGUCACACACCCACCAGCCGGAGACGGGAAAAAGCCGUCCAUUACUGCAGUCGUGGGCAGUAUGGACGCCCACCCCAGUCGAUACUGUGCCACGGUGCGGGUGCAGAGGCCACGGCAGGAGAUCAUCGAAGAUCUCUCCUACAUGGUGCGUGAGCUCCUCAUCCAGUUCUACAAAUCCACCCGCUUCAAGCCCACCCGGAUCAUCUUCUACAGGGACGGCGUUCCUGAAGGGCAGCUCCCACAGAUCCUGCACUACGAGCUGCUGGCCAUCCGGGACGCCUGCAUCAAGCUGGAGAAGGAUUACCAACCCGGUAUCACCUACAUCGUAGUGCAGAAGCGCCACCACACCCGGCUGUUCUGCGCCGACAAGUCCGAGAGGAUUGGAAAAAGCGGCAACAUUCCAGCAGGAACCACAGUCGACACCAGCAUCACACACCCCUUCGAGUUUGAUUUCUACCUGUGCAGUCAUGCAGGGAUUCAGGGCACCAGCCGACCAUCGCAUUACUACGUGCUGUGGGACGACAAUCGCUUCACCGCCGACGAGCUCCAGAUUCUCACCUACCAGCUGUGCCAUACGUACGUGCGCUGCACGCGCUCGGUCUCAAUCCCCGCACCUGCCUACUACGCCCGGCUUGUGGCCUUCCGCGCACGCUACCACCUAGUGGACAAAGAGCACGACAGCGGCGAAGGAAGCCACGUCUCAGGUCAGAGUAACGGCCGGGACCCCCAGGCUCUGGCGAAAGCAGUGCAGAUUCACCACGACACCCUGAGGACCAUGUACUUCGCCUGAGAGCCUCACCUCGCGUUGAUGUUGAGGGGGUCUGAAGAGCCUCGUCACUUCCCUGCACUCGAGCCAGUACACACUACAAAUCCCACACACCUCAACAGAACUAACAGCGUCGUGCCAUCGUCUGGCAGGCCUGAGCCUUGUUUACUUUUUUUUUUUUUUAAAUUGUUGUUUUUUUUAAAAAAUGUAUUGUUGUUGUUUACUACCUUCACGCCGUGUAUGUAUGUAUGUAUGUAUGUAUGUUCAUAUGCAAUACGGAGAAGAAGCAAAGGCACAACCCACCUGAAGAUUUGACUGCCACUAUGACACUUCGUCUCGCAUCAGUGCUCAGCGGAGAAAACAAGCGCCAACACUUUUUUGUGUUGUUUUAAAUCUUGCUCUAUGGACACUUUUUUUUUUUUUAAGUUUUUUUUUGUUGUUUUUUUAUUUUUAAACAGCCUUGAAUGAAAUAUUUUAGCACUUAGAGGUAGCUUUUAGACACCGUGAGCUAGGCAGUCGGUUGCGUUUUUGUCUCUGUACUUCGGACCGUAGCACGCCGUCGAUGCUGGAGAUGCAUCGUUGUGUUCACGCUCUCGAGUGUAGCCGAUCUUAUUUAGACACGCCUCCGUAGUCAGUCAGGGGCAGCACUAGCAUAACAAUAGAUAGUAUGUUUUAUAUGGAAGUCCAAAGGGGUCAUACGUUGUGUGUGUGUGUGUGGUGUCUCCCCCCCAAAUGUCCCUUAGUCUUUCUUCCUUCCAUUAGUUUUUUUCGAUCAUAUAGGCAGCUUAAGCUCUACUGCAUGCCACAUAGAUGAGGCGAAAGUGGUAGCUAUAGACUUAACGGAGAAAGUAAUUCAACCCAAAUGAAAUGUACACCGUUUCCUUCCCAGAACAAAUGUCGUUGUCGUUGACGAGCUAAACUACGUCUGAAGUUUGCUUGUUUAGUUUUGCAAUGAUGCUCUGAGGCUAAUAUAGCUUAAAAAAAAAAAAGAACAGGGAAGCUAAUUGCCUCCAGGUUUAUCAUUGUGCAAACUCCAUGUCGAGAUCACAAAUGGACAAAAGAGCAUCAGAGUUAAAAAAAAAAAAAAAAAAGCGGAAAACGCAAUCAGUAAGAAAUUUCAUGUCUGCAGACUCUGGUACAAAGUGGAGCUUAAAGUUUGAGUUAAAGCUAGUGUUAUAUUUGAGGUAAAGUGGAAAUUGGGUACAUUUUUAUUUUUAGAUGGACUGGGUUACAACCCCAAUUCAAUAAAUUUGGGACACUGUAAACAAAAACAGGAUGCGAUAAUUUGCAAAUCAUGGAAACCCUGGAUUUCAUUGAAAAUAGUCCAAAGACAACAUGUAUCAAAUGUUGAAACUGAGAAGUUUUAUUGCUUUUUGAAAAAUAUAUGCUCAUUUUGAAUUUGAUGCAAGCAAUACAUUUCAAAAAAAAGUUGGGACGGGGCAUGUUUACCACUGGCGUUGCAUCACCUUUACUUUUAUCAACACACUGUAAAGGUUUGGGAACUAUUACUGUCGUUUUGAAAGGGAAAUAUUGUCCCAUUCUUGCCUGAUAUACGAUUUCAGCCGCUCAACAGUUCGGGGUCUCCUUUGUCGUAUUUUGCGCUUCAUAAUGCGCCAAAUGUUUUAAAUGGGAGACAGGUCUGGACUGCAGGCAGGCCAGUUUAGCACCUGGGCUCUUUUACUAUGGAGCCAUGUAGUUUUAAUAUAUGGAGAAAACGGUUUGGUGUUGUCUUGCUGAAAUAAACAAGGCUUUCCCUGAAAAAGAUUUUGUCAGGAUGGCAGCAUAUUGCUCUGAAACGUGUUUAUAUCAUUCAGCAUUAAUAAUGCCUACCUAGAUGUACAAGCUACCCAUGUCAUGUGCAUUAAUGCCCCCUCGUACCAUCACAGAUGCUGGCUUUUGAACUGUGCACUGAUGACAAGCCGGAUGGUCCCUCUCCUUUUUAGCCUGGAGGAUGUGGGGUCCAUGAUUUCUAAAAAGAAUUUCUACUUUUGAUUCGUCAGACCGCGGGACAGUUUUCCACUUCGUUUCAGUCCAUCGUAAAAGAGCUCAGAGAAGGUGGCGGUGUUUCUGGAUAUUGUUUAUAUCUGGUUUUAACUUGCAUUUGUGGAUGCAGUAAUGAACUGUUUUCACAGAUGAUGGUUUUCUGAAGUGUUCCUGAGCCCAUACAUUGAUUUCCACGACAGACACGUGUCUGCUUUUAAUGCAGUGUCUCCUGAAAGCCUGAAGAUCACAGGCAUCCAAUGUCAGUUUUCAGCCUUGUCUCUUGCUUACAGAGAUUUCCCCAGAUUAUCUGAAUCUUUUCAUGAUAUUAUGUACCAUAGUUGAUGUGAUCCAUAAAUUUUUUUUUUUUUGCAGUUUUACAUUGAGGAACGUUAUACUUAAAUUGUUGCACUGUUUGCCCACGCAGUCUUUCACAGAGCAGUGAACCCCUCCCCAUCUUUACUUCUGAGAGACUCCGCCUCUCUGGGAUGCUCUUUUUAUACCCAAUCAUGUUACUGACCUGUUGCCAAUUAACCCAAUUAGUUGGGGUUUUUUUAAGCAUUACACAAUUUUUUUUUUCAAUCUUUUGUUGCCCCUGUCCCAACAUCAAAUUCAAAUAACAUUUCUCAGUUUCAAUAUUUGAUGUGUUGUUUUUGUACUAUUUUCAAGGAAGUACAGGGUUUCCAGGAUUUGCACAUUGUCAUAUUCAUAUGGGUUUCCAUCUGGUUCUCUGGUUUCCUCCUACCUUCCAGAAACAUGACCCUAGGUUGACUGAGAUCUUUAACUUUCACCUUGGUCUGUGAUGGUGUCCCACUGGCGUAACAUCCAGGGUGUAUUCUUGCCUCACACCCAGUGCUCCCAUGAUAGACUCCGAACCCACCGAACCAGGAUAAAACAGUUCCUGAAGAAUGAAUGAAUGAAUGUUUCUUAAACUUUUGCAGGCUAGUAUUGUUUCUAGGUGCUAGCCAGGUCCCUAUUUCAGUUUCUUCUUCUAAGAGAAAGUUGAAAUCUUGGUGUUACAAGUCAGAAAAAAACCCAAAACAAAAAACGCAUGGCCUCUCUGGACUUCCACGCAUGUAAGAUAAGUUGUGCGUAACACACAAACCAGCAUUCUGAACCAGCCAAAUGUGAUGCCAGCCAUUCAGAGAGGCACUUAUCUUUUGGAAACGUGCAUCUGUUUCAGACAGACUGUCUGUACGUGAGGAAACUGACCAGGCAGCAUUCUGGCACUCUGUAGAUAAAUAACAGAGACGCAAGAUCACACACACAUCUUUCCUUCCUAUUUUACAACAGCCUUCCAGCAUCUCAAAACUGGUCUGUACACAAAGCAAUACAAGGUCUUUUCAAAGCCGUCGUGAGCGCGCUCUGCUCACGCUGCACAUUCCACACUCCGAGAAGGACGUGACACACUUCCCCUCCCGCCUUCUCUCAUUCUCACACUAACUCAAAGGACACAGGAACUUUUUUUUUUUUUUGCGUGUGUGUGUGUUUAAGUACUCACCAUGUAGCUACCCACCACCUUCCCUUCUCCUACGUAGAAACACGAAAGCUCUGCCGUCGGGUCAGGUCAUGCACAACCCACCCGUCUUCUCCGACAUCCCACGCACAAACACACACACGCAGCCUUAUGAUUACAAAGCCCAAGUCGCAUCCUCCUACGUAGCAGCCAUGGUACGUGCGCGCACACACCUACAUAUCUGCCUGGAUUUCUGCCAGAUGUGUACCAUGUACACAGGAAUUCAUGAAACGGAAGUUUCGUGUGUGUGUGUAUGUGUGUGUGGUUUCUUUUUUUUUUUUUCCCUUUACCCAUCCAUGUCAUUGUGGUUUCAUGUCUUGCAUGUUGAAAUUGUGACUGGAUCCUCGGUACCCAUGCUCCCUUUGUUUCUAUGCCGUAAAUUGUUAUGAUUAAUUGUAACUGCACUUGUUGCCCCUUGGUUGCGACCAAGGGGUCACUGUAAGGGUGGGGGGGUUAUCUUUUUUUUUUUUUCAGUUUCACUUAUUUUAGCCUCAAAAGCACCUCAAAGCAAAAUUUAACAUCACGCCUACACACACAUGGUCCAUUGAAAUUUCAAAAGGAUCUUGGGAUGUAACGGUUGAAUAGGUUUACUUUUUGAAACAAGUAUUACGUUCCAGCCAACAUCAACUUGAAAUGUAUUUGUAACUUCAUAUGGCCUCUGAUGGUUGGGCCUAUAGAAUUGUGAGAGCUCUGAUCUAUCUGUUCUGAUCUGAUCUGAUGUGAUCCAGCAGUUUUAUAUCAUGAUGCAGUACUUAACUCACAAGUCAAAGGAGCCUCAAAUGGGGGGUGAAAGCCCCUUAGACCCAAAGAGAAGGAACUGGAGAUCUAACUUGACUCAACCUCACUCACUGUAAAAGCAAUACAAAGCCACUGCAAAAGAACGACCCUUAUCUUAUCUUAGCACUUCCCGAUAGGCUGAUUUGGAAGUACACGUGAACAAAGUUAUUUUGGCUCUGUAUGUAAUAGUGUUGGGGGGGGAGGGUUAUUUUU